CCUAUAACAGAAAAAGAAUAUCUUCAUCUGCAUUUGCAACCGCCAUUGCACGAUCUCUUCAGCUCCGGCCGAAAUCUCAGCCGUACAUUCCCUUCAUCCGAAUCUCAAUCCCAAUCAGAGAAUGGCGAGCCGGAUGAAGGAAGAUGAGAAGAACGAGAAGAUCAUCCGUGGUCUUCUGAAGCUCUCUUCAAAUAAGAGAUGUAUCAAUUGCAAUAGCCUGGGACCACAAUAUGUCUGCACGAACUUCUGGACAUUUGUUUGCACGAACUGUGGUGGAAUUCAUCGGGAGUUCACCCACCGUGUGAAGUCAGUGUCCAUGGCAAAAUUUACUUCACAAGAAGUUAGUGCUCUUCAAGGAGGGGGAAACGAGUGUGCAAGGGAAAUCUAUUUCAAAGAAUUAGACCCACAACGUCAUUUUCUACCUGAUAGAAGUAAUGUCGAGAAACUCAGGGACUUCAUCAAGCAUGUCUAUGUGGAGAGAAGAUAUACCGGGGAGAGUACUGGGAGGCUUUCAAGGAUGAAGGGUGAGAGGGAUGAUGCAAGUGAAAACAGGAGGGUUGAUACAUUCCGUGGUAGUUCCCGGAGCCCACCAUAUGAGGAUACAUAUGAAAGUCGUCGCCAUGAUUGGUCUAGUCCUGGUGGAAGGAACAGUGACAGAAAUUUCAGAUACAGCUAUGAUGAAAGAAAAAGUCCUCGAUCCAAUCUGGAAACUCGAAGGUAUGGUAGUCAGAGGAGAAGUACUGCCCGGUUUGAAGUCGUAGAUGAUAGGGUUCGGGAUGAUAGAUUUCGAAACAGAAACCAAAAUAGGAAACCUGAAGACCGCAGUCUUUCUGAAGGAGCAUCCAAGCCAGAAGGGAGGUCACCAAAUCAUCAGAAGGAUGUGGAUACGUCUAGUCCUCCAGUGGUGCGCCCUGUUAGAGAUAUCCUUGGAGAGGAUGUUCCACCUCUUCAGAUUGGUGACAGUCCCAAAGCAAAUGGUAGCAUGUCUGCUGAUGCCUCUGCACGAACACAGAGGACUGCAUCUUCCAAUAACUUGGUAUCCACUGAUAGGGGUUCAGCAGAAAUCAAGAGGGUAAAUUCAGGAAGCUUGAUUGAUUUUAAUCUGGAUCCUGAACCUCCAGUUGCUGCAGCAUCCAGUGACCCAUUUACAGGUCAAAUUCAAACUGUUCCACAACCAACAACAAGUCCAUCUGUUGAUGGCGGCAAUUGGGCAUCGUUUGGUUUUGCAGGACAGGAAAAGGCACCCCAGUCUCCUUCAAAUGCUACCACACUGGAAUCUGCAUUGUCACAAUUGUCAGCUCCUGAAACUGCAGCUGCACCUCAGGCUCCAUCAAGUGCUACCACACUCGAAUCAGCAUUGUCACAAUUGUCAACUCCUGAAACUGCACCUGCAGAAAAUAUGUUAGCUUUGCCUGUCCAUUAUGUUGAGUCCUACAUAAAAACUAAUGAUGGAAGGCAGUUGCCAGCCAUGCAGCAAAAACAACAGCCUUCUUUAUUUUCAGCUGUUGAUGGUCAGUCUACUGUUCAGCAGGUCACACCACCAGUUGGCGGAGCUCCAAACAAUCAGCAAUUAAAUUCAUUGCUAGCACCAAAUGCCCAAGGACUUCUGACUGCUCCGCCCACACAACCAUCUCAAGCUGGCUCAAAACUCCCACAAGCAAUGGGUGCUGCAAUUCCAUCACAACCUCUCCCUGCAGAAGCAAAACCAAGUGGAAGAAAAGAACUUCCAGAGGACCUUUUCACUAUAACUUAUUCGCCUGCACCUGUACCAGUUCUGGGUUGGCAAGCUGCUACACCUCAUGGCAUGGGAUUUGGCAUGCAAUAUCCGAACGUGAUGUCAAUGCCUGCAUUUCCCCAGCAAUCAAAAUCUACCAACCCGUUUGAUCUUGGCACUGAACCAACUCCAGUUCAUGCCUCAAUGUUCCCAUCUAUGGCAUCUUUGCAACCAGUGCUACUAAACGUGUCUCUUUCUUCACCCCUAUCGCGUAAUUCUAGCUUUGGUGCCUCUUCCCCACAAUGGGUUCCUCCCCAAAUGACAUCUUAUCCAUCGGCGAUACCUCCAGGUGCAUACAUGAUGCAACAAGCACCAAGUAAUAUGUCACCUAUGCGUCACCAAGAUAUUGGAGGCUUUGGAAGCGCAGGAGCUGCUUUUGGAAUGUUAGGUGCCGACCAACAGUUCCCCAGAUACCCCCAACCAACCACCCCGAAUUCUAUCUCCUCCCCUGGAGGAAACCCUUUUGGAUAAAGAUUGAAAAGAACAACAUUUUGGAUGCUGUUUUACGAUCAGAAUCUUGCAUUGCCUGUUUAUGUCCAAAGCAAAAGUUUGAUCAGUAUCUGUAUCAUUAAGGAUAGAGCAGAAUGUUAUCUUAACAAAUGAAGGAUUUUCCAGCAAUAUUCAGCAUUCAUAAGGCCUAUACUUCCAUUUGACCAUUUAAAAUUAGUGAAGAGAAAAGAGGAAAAACAGCAUAUGAUUGAUUGAGAGAGACAGAGAUGGCAUGGAGUGAAGCUGUUCAAGGGGACCGAACCAAUUUUUGUGGUUUUGGUUUUUGUGUAAAUCUAUCUUAUUCUUUCAUUGGUAUUGUAUAUGUUUUGCCUUCUACCUAAUGAUUUAUACCUUCUGUAUCAUCAUCUUGUUGUUUGUGUUCUCUUUAUGGUAUGUAAUUUUCUAAGGCUGCUGUUUGCUUUCCUUCCACAAUAAUAAUGGAUAUUGUUUUGGGGUA